AUGGAAAAUGUUGACCGUGGUACUAAAAAUAAGCACCGAAAUGAUUGGGCUUUGAAAAGUCACUGUGGAUCUGUGACUCAAAACAAAGAGAAAGAGAGAGAGAAAACGAUACACACACUUGCGGCAAUGAACUUCCAGAAGUUUAUGAAAAAGAUUCUUAGUGAGAUUGUAGUAUCCUUGCAAGCACAGAUGGAGUUUUUGAAUCUGAUACGUAAAAUGGAUAUGCACUCUUCUCCCCGGUUUGUUCCAAUGCUCCAAAUACUGGUUUUUUCAUGGAAUGUGAGCAUUUUAGAGGUGCUCCAAAUAAGAGGUGUUGGCAAAGGGUAG